UGCAUUGUGGACGAGACGGUUCAAAUCUUCUCACCCCGUCACAGAGGCAUUUCCAGUUCGGAAUGGAAGCGUUUCAAAUUCAUCGGAAUGCAUGACCAGGUGUACAUCAGCUGUUCAGUGAUCCUGUGUGAGGCUGGGAACCCCAACACCCGGUGUGCCCAGGGCUGCGUCAACUCCCCUCCCCCCAGCCUGCUGGUCACCACCACCCAAGAGAGAGGCCGCCAUGCAAACGGCCAAACACACAUUUCCCAGGUCCUUUGCGCCUGAGAAAGAGUCAGAGAG